AUGUACCGAACUGGGAAAUAUAAUAUUGAUUCUGAUCAACAUGUAGAGGAAUCUUCAUUAUCUAAUAUUAAUAAAUUUAAAUAUAAGAAUUUUAGAGAUGAAAUAUAUGAAAAAAAAGACAAAUAUGAAGUUGAGACAUAUAUAGAAAAUAAUAAUAAAUCUGAGAUCAAACUUGGUUUAUGGGACUUUUGCCAAUGUGAUAUUAAUAGAUGUAGUGGCCGCAAAUUAAUUCGUUUUGGAUAUGUUAGAAAUCUUAGAUGCAAUAAAAAGUGGCCAGGAAUAAUAUUAAGUCCCAGAGCAAAGAAGAAAUUGUCAUUGGGAGAUUUACCUUUAGUAAUAAAGAGUGGUAUAGCAGCUAUUGAUUGCUCAUGGAAUAGAAUUGAAGAAUUACCACUUCGUAGGAUUCACAAUGGUAAUGAAAGGCUACUUCCAUUUCUUGUAGCUGCAAAUUCAACACAUUAUGGUAGACCAUAUGAAUUAUCUUGUGCAGAAGCUCUCUCUGCUGCAUUACAUAUCCUUGGUUUUCAUAGGCAAGCAUGUCAUUUACUUGAUAUAUUCAAGGGUGGAUUACAUUUCUUAGAAGUGAAUGCUGAAUUAUUGGAUUCAUAUGGAAACUAUGGAAAAACAUCCGUAGAUAUUAUUGAACUAGAAAAAAAGUAUAUAGCUGAUUGUUUAAAAGAAAAGAAUGCUAGAAAAGAUUAUGAUUUACCUGAUUAUGAAGAUUAUGAAGAUUAUGAAGAUUAUGAAGAUUAUGAAGAUUAUGAAGAUUAUGAAGAUUAUGAAGAUUAUGAAGAUUAUGAAGAUUAUGAAGAUGAGGAAGAUAAUAAAGAUGAAGAAGUACAUGAAGAAUAUGAAGAUAAAAGAGAUUAUUGA